AACCACGUGUAAAAUAAAUGCUGAUGUGUUUGCAUCUCUCCGGUUACAGUGUGAAGAAAGAGGAACAUCCUUACAGCGCUUGCCUGCCUACCCACCCUAUGAACAAACAGGAUGCUCACCAGAACGCCAAGUGUUGUUGCUCAAGCAUUCCUUCUUCUAAGCAUUAUUCUUGUCAUUGCUAUUGCAGUGAUUCAGAUAAAUCAGCAACAGAUCCUCUCCCCAGGGCUUAAGUAUGGAAUAGUCCUUGAUGCAGGAUCCUCUCGAACUACCAUCUAUGUCUAUGAAUGGCCAGCAGAAAAAGAAAAUGACACGGGAAUAGUAAGCCAAACCUUCAAGUGCAAUGUGAAAGGCCCUGGUAUAUCCAGCUAUGAGAGUAACCUUGGAGCUCUUGCCAAACCUUUUGAUGACUGCCUGAAUAAAGUCAAGGAGAGAAUACCGGUUCAUCUGCAUAAGAACACUUCUGUUUAUCUGGGGGCUACAGCUGGCAUGAGGCUACUGAGGUUGCAAAAUGAAACGGCAGCCAAUGAAGUCCUUGCGAGCAUUCAAAACUACUUCAGAGCACAGCCUUUUGACUUUAGGGGUGCGCAAAUCAUAACGGGGCCAGAGGAAGGGCUGUAUGGAUGGAUAACAGCCAACUAUAUAAUGGGCAAUUUCUUAGAGAGAAACCUCUGGAGAACGUGGGUUCAUCCUUACAGAAAAGAGACAAUGGGUGCAUUGGACCUUGGAGGAGCUUCCACUCAGAUUUCAUUUAUCCCAGAGGACUCUCAGGAGAACUUCAAUAGCACCUUACAAGUGAAGUUGUACGGUUACAACUACAACGUCUACACACAGAGCUUCCAGUGCUACGGGAGAGAUGAAGCUGAGAAAAGGCUUUUAGCGUUGCUGCUCCAGAAAUCAAACAGCAGCUCCAAUGUGGAUAAUCCAUGUUACCCUCACAAUUAUACUACUGCAUUCACCAUGAAGCAUCUCUCUGGCAGCCUUUGUACACAGUCCCUGAGACCAGCAAAUUACCACCCAAGUGAGCUUGUGCACUUCCAUGGAACAGGGGAUCCAGGUCUGUGCCAGGAGAUGGUUUCUUCAUUGUUCAACUUCAGUGCUUGCAGAGACAGAGAAGACUGUCCAUUUCAUGGAACACAUCAGCCAAAAGUUAAAGGGAAUUUUGUGGCUUUCUCAGGAUUCUACUAUACAAUUAAUGCUUUGAAUUUAUCCGGGCACUUUUCCCUGGCUGACUUCAAUUCAAGUAUGUGGUUUUUCUGUUCCCAGAGCUGGGCACAGCUCCAGUUUAUGCUGCCUAAAUUUGAAGAAGUAUAUGCUAGAUCCUACUGUUUUUCAGCCAAUUUCAUUUAUUACUUGCUUAUACAUGGUUACAACUUUGAUGCAGAAACUUGGCCACGGAUACAUUUUCAAAAGGAGGUUGGCAACAGCAGCAUAGCGUGGUCACUCGGUUACAUGUUAAGCCUCACAAACAUGAUCCCAGCAGAAGGCAAGCUGAUCCAGUUACCUCUGAAACCUGCUUUGUUUGCUGGGCUCCUUGUCUGCCUCACAGCUACAGCAUUGUUGUGUCUUCUCUUCCUUGUGUACCUGUGGAUUGCAUCACGUCACCAGAAGAAUGGCAGCCGUGUUGAACAUGUAUUUAUUCCAGAAUGAAUGACUUUUACUGGAAAGUUUUAUAGUGCUAUGAAGUAGGACUUUAUUCUUGAAAAAUGGAGGGUGAAAUAAAAACAAAAUGCAGAAAGAGUUCAGGACCAGAAGCACUGAGGAGAGACAUUAAGGAAUCUGUGAUACGGUGACUUGGAGUGCUUUUAUCUUGACACUUGUUUCUGUAAACCUCACUCAUCCAGUGUGCAGCAGAGGAACCAUGGGCAGGUUUGUUAAUAAGGGAUUAAUAGCCUUUUCCUGACAGGUAUGU